AUGUUUACUGUCAUCAAUUAAAAGUUGGGACUUACCAAAUCAGUGUUCAUUGAAAUAAACUAUAAGUACAUCUAUUAUUAAAUAUAAGAUAGGCUAUUGUACAAAAAUGUGAAAUCCAAAUUAUGGAGUUUUCUAAAAAUAAAGACAAUAAUUAAGGCGCAAUUCAAAAUCAAAAUGAUAAUUGGGUAUUUCAUGCAGAUGACUAUGGUUAAUUAAUGUGAGGUACCUCCCUAAAAAUUGUCCUUACUCAGACUUGUCAGAUUUAUGAGAUUUAUCAAGAUCAUACGUCUUUUGAGAUAGGCAAAAUUAAAGAUCUUUUUUGAUAAAAUAGAGGAUGCUGCGUAAUUAAAUAUCAUGCUGUCUACUAUUGUUAGCCUUAUUAAAUUGAGUGGAUUGUUAUUAUUUUGGUCUCAUUGGUUUGGAUGCAUCCUCCAUUACAUUGCUGUCAAUGAAGACUCUUAGAUCAAUUGGCUUAAUUAUUACGGCAUAUAUGAAGAAGGUUGGUCAGUUGAAUACAUCAACUCACUCUAUUGGGCUGUUAUAACUAUUAGUACUGUUGGAUAUGGAGACAUCUCUCCUAGAACUCCUUUGGAAAGAUUAUUUAGAAUAUUCUUUUUGAUGAUUGCCACUGUAGUUUUCUCUGUUACUUUAAACAACAUAAGUUAUAUCAUUAUAAGGAAUGGAAGAUAACAAGGCUGA